GAGGGAGGGGGGCGAGUGCGCGUGAGUCCUCGGGGGGGAAAGAAAUAAUACGUGGCGUCGGUGGUACGGGUACGGCGUCCUGUCGUGUCGGUCCCCCGCGCCCGUUAGCGCAGCCCGCCCAGGAUGGACGAGGACGUGGUGGAGAUCGAGAGCGUCGACAACGUCUGCAGACUGUGCCUUUCGACGGACGAGCCCAGGUCCUCGGUGUUCGCGGCGCAGGAGAACGGCGAGAAGGAUGACGACUCGUCCGGCGUGCCGCUGGCCGCCAAGAUUCAGGCCUGCCUGUCGAUUCAGAUCUCAGCGACCGACAAGUUGUCCACGCUGAUAUGCGCGAAUUGCGUGAAAAGCGUCGAUCAAUGGUACACCUACAAGGAGUCGUGUCUGCGCUCCCAGGACAAACUGCAAGAAUGGUUGGCAAAUCAAACUCAAUCGAAUCCUACGGUGGCCGCAGUUAAGGACGAACCAAUGGACAUCGAUUAUAAAGAUAAUUCGGAAAUUAUUUCAGAGAUCACCAAUAAGUUGGAACAACCGCGCUCGCCAAUUAAAACAGUGGAAAACGCUGAAUCCAAUGGCGAGGAAGCGCAGGAUGUGACAGAUAACAGCGAGGCGAAUGACACUAACAAUGAACCCGAACCGAUCCCGUCUGCGGUGGAAGAGGAGACUGGCAAGGAAGAAAAAGAAACGGAUCAGCAGGAUACUGUAGUUGUGUCCGUUAAGAGCGAGCCGCAGGAUGAUGAGGAUACCGAUUGUACCAUAGAAUUAGAGUCUACGAAUAGCAGUGAGCUGCUAUUGCAUCCUAUGGCCGACGAAGUGGAUGAUGACGCGAUCAUGGAGGCCGAUUCCACGCAGAAGUCUAACAUGGCCGGCGCAUCGCCUAAGAAGAGAUUGAGACGCGGGCCUCACACUCAUUUUAGAGGCGCGCGCGUUUUUAAACAGAAGUGCCCGCACUGCCAGAUAUUUCUACACUCCAAGUAUACAUACUUGAAACACAUGAAGAGAUUCCACAGUAAAGAAAACGGCAUCGAGAACUUGGAAUCGCAGAACGACGACGAGGAGAUGAUCGAGGAUCUGGAGGAUGAGCUGGUCAGCAUGGAAAAGGACUCGCCGCUGACGCAGGUGCAACAGGACAUUAUUAGCCAGCUGAAAACUUUCUCUUGCUACUCUUGUCAACAAACGUUUAACGAUCGACGCAGCACGCUCUCUCACAUACGUCAGCAUAUGCCGGAUCUGAGACCGUACACGUGUAUCGCCUGCCUUACAGAAUUUUCAGAUCGAUCGAUGUAUCAGUUGCACUGCGGCGCUUCCUUCGAGUGCGCUAUGAAGAUCGCCUUAGUUGUGCCGAAACACGGCAGCGAACGAUACUUUACGUGCAACAUGUGCCUGCGCUCAAUGCAGGGUAGGAAGGAGUUGCUCAGCCAUUUGGCGAAGCACUCGGACAAGCAGUACGAGGAGAUGAUAUCGCCGGCGCGAGCUCCGCCCAAGCUGAAACCGAUGGCGCCGUUGCCAUCGAGAAACAUCGUUGCCGAUAGGAUUGCUAGCGGGCCUUACAUGAACGGCGACCCGGCGCACAAUCACGCCUGCGAUCUGUGUGGCAUGAUCUAUCGUUAUCGGCCCAACAUGCUCAAGCACAAGGAGUGGUGCUUGCAAUUGGACCCGGAUAGCAGAACAUUAUAUAGAUGCGUGCAUUGUUACAUGACGUUCACCGUGUUCAAGAAGUUCCACUAUCACGUCACGACCCAACACAAGAAGAAGGACUUUACCUGUUCCAUAUGCUUCACCAAGUAUCGAUCACCCAGCGAUUUCCUGACCCACUACGAGAGCCAUCGCGGGACAACUCAGGUCAAUCAACAAGCGCAGCUUGACGGUGCCUCGCAGAGUGAAGUUCAGGCGCCAUUGAAGGAACGCAAUGCUCACGAGACGAGUGUCAAGUCGAGAGUGAGUUUGCGAAUGUCAGGCCAAAAGUAUAGCUGCCCUCUUUGUGCCCAGGUGUUCUCCACCAAAAUCGAGCUGGACGAGCAUCGGACUCUCCAUCUCAAAAUGAAGAUAUACUCGUGCGCCAUUUGCCGCAGUAUGUUUAGCAGCGCUGGUGCCUUGGAGAUUCACAUCAAAGAUCAUGGUAUCGAGGACCCGAACGAAAGGAACGCCAAUAUUUCCUGCGUGGAGUACGGCAGCUUGGACGAGGACGUGAGAAUCGAUGGGAAAGACCCGCCGAUGAAUGCUAGCGCCGUCUCCGAUCCUGGUCCGCAGAUUCACGAGUGUGGCGAGUGCGGUAAGGUGCUAAACAGUUAUGCCAAUCUCCGGCGACACACGAAAAUCGCUCAUCGGAACUCCAAGACAUACGAUUGCGUCGACUGCUCGCGCAUGUUCAUGCGUAAGGAUCUGUAUGAUCAGCAUAUGAAGACUCACAAUUCUAUGAAGACUGUGUUGCAAUGUCCGCAGUGCCCUAAGAGUUUCGUCUUCCAAGCAAACUUCACUUAUCACUUCCGCACUGCCCACCUCGAGAAAUCGCAGAAUGGCUAUGGCUGCGAUAUCUGCGGCAAGGUUUUCGUCGAAGAGGCAUCUUUGAAAAUACACAAAGGCUGGCAUAAUCGGGCUAACUCGCGGUUGAGCACUCGAUUCAUACUGAGCAAGCAGAAGGCGGCCAACGGUCCGCAGAAAGAGUCGAGCAGCGUCGAGUUCGGUGAGAAUUCGGAACGACCGGCGAGAGCGCGCAAGUCCUUCCCUAAUCCUCCAUUUCAAUCGCCAUCGAAGACAUCAGGGAGUUUCCAGUGUCAAGUUUGCAAUGACAAAUUUGACGACGUCAUAGUACUGAGGACCCAUCUGUGGGACGUUCACUGCGCCCGUAACAAACCGGAGAAAAGUUUCUCGAACGACGAGCUUCAGUGCGAGCUCUGCACCAACAUUUUCCCCGAUCAGGAUACUCUGGCAUCCCAUAUGCAAUGGCACAAGGACAAUCCUAUUCUUAGCAAUAUACGAAAGGUGUUCGCCUGCGACAUAUGCGGCAAGUCUUACAGCUCGAAGAAGGUUCUGUGGAAGCACAAGAGACUUCACAAGGCUACGGUUGUGGCCUCGAUCAAGUUCCAAUCUUUAGCCAGAAAACCGAUGGCUUCGCAGUACCUGUGCACCUUUUGCCGCAAGGUCUUUUCGAGCAACCAGUCUCUGCAACGACACAAACUCUCCUUUCACAGUGACAUGCACCUACUACGCACGCAGCAGCAGCAGCAACAGCAACAGCAGCAGCAGCAGCUAUACAACAGCAAUCGAGCGUUAUCGAUCGAGGACGAGCCGAAGACAAAGCGUUUGAAACUCGAGAUUGAAAGUGACAAUUCCCAGGUUAAGCUGUCGCCCUUUGCCAUGGACUUCGCCGGUGAGAAAAGGAACAAGUCAGUCAUGUGCCACCUUUGCAGGAAAAUGUUCCCAAAUAUGAGCGUGCUGUACAAGCACAAGCAAACGGCCCAUAAGAGCCGUAUGAAAAAAGAUUUUACGCCCGAAUGCAUUCCGGUGUCGACUCAGGAUGGCAAGUUUUCAUGCAACAUCUGCUUCAAGGAAUUCCCCGGUCUGUCGAAUCUGCGACAGCAUUUCACGAUCAAGCACAAGAAGACGGCCGAAGCCGCCGCUAGCGCGCCGAACAACGAUAGAUUGGCGCUCUCGACACCCGAACGGCCUAAAGACUACGGGGAAACAGUCUACAAUAACGUGAUGUACAGCUGCAAGCUGUGCAAGCAGUGCCACGUCUUCAAUAAGGAGUCCAUCAUACGCCAUAUCACCAAUGUGCACAACGCGGUGUAUCAGGCCGAUAGCAAGACAUUCCAUAGGGAAGUCAAUCUGAACAAUUACUCGGUGAAGGACGCGGUCGGAGCUACUUGUCCGGAAUGUGACGUCAAAUAUCCUAACAAUAGGGCUUUGAAGAUACACUACAUUAAGUUCCACGACGAGGCCGAAUAAAAUGAUCACGCAAAUCUGGACGUUGACUGUGCCAGGUAGAAAAAAGAUUUUUUAAUUAUAAUUAUUAUAAUAUUCUGGCACGGUCGACAAAUUAUUUCGCAAUAAACCGUCGUCUGUAGGAGUGGUAAAUUUCUGCAAAAUGGAAAAUUUUGAUCUACGUAGCAAUAUGUGCAGGACAACCAAAAAUUUUAGUUGCGCACUAAAUUUUUAUCAUUUUUAUCAUUUCUCACGCUAGAAAAAUAUAUACUUGCAAAAAUAUCAUUGGUCUUGCAUAUCUAUGACCGAUAUGUAAGAUCAGGUAUACUCUUGCAAGUAUACUGGUCAGUCAUAAUUUUAUGAGAUCAAAUGAAACCAGAAGAAAGCUACAAAAUAUAUGAAUAUGAAUAUAUACAUACACACUCGAAAUAUCCUGGUUUAUUUCAGAAAAUAAUU